GUUUCCGGGAAACUAAGACAACGGAGCAACCAUGGACCAUGGAGACGCACCUCAGUCCACCUAUAGCUAUUAUACACAUAAACUUUGUGACCGCCUACGUGGAUCAGUCUACGCACUUCCUUCAUGUGGUUCAGGUCAUAACCCACGAUCGCUUCGAAUCGGACCCGAUCCAUCUUUUUCGCUUCACGUCGGAGUCACCACGAAGCGUUCGCAACCAGGGACGUUGGCCUCCAUGCGUGCAAAUUCCAAUACUGGAUAGCGGAUGCUAGCAGUAACUUUGAACAGGAGUGCAAAUAAAACAGUUUCGAUUUAGAUACGUGACAAAGACGACCAUGAAUGCGAAAUACUGCUUCUUCUCGCUCCGUAGUUGCGUUGUAGCUCUUUGCUUGCUAUAUGCUGUCAACUUGUCUGCCUCGCAGCAGACUACACCUUCGCUGGCGUUGACAGCCUCCUCGUCGUUCUCCAUGGUGUUGCAGCCCACCAAAGCCGAGCUAGGUUUUAACGCCCUGCAGGCUGUUGAAGAAGCCAUUGCAUCGACACUACUCAUUCUGCAAGACGAAAAUUUGUACUUGGACACAGAAGCUGUGAUUCAACAAAGCGAUUUUCUGGCGAUGUCAGCAACGCGACUGCGCUUCUUUGUAAUUGUCACCACCACCUCAAUAGUGGAUCCUGCAAGUGUGGAAACAGAUGCGCUACGUGCAGAGCUUAACACUUUUAUCCAACAAGUCUUCCAGGACUCGAUGUUUGGACGGAACUCCUUUCUGAGGGAAAUCCGCGCUAGUCCAAGCGUGUUGCUUGCCAACGUCACAGACUUGGUCGUCACACCCAUUAUCCCAUCGGAUACUCCUCCUGGAGGCUCAAUAGCUUCAUCCGAUAGUAGCACCAAGAAGCUCUCGUCACUCGACAUCGCCUUGAUUGUUGUUAGUGGACUUAUCUUUUUUGGCAUUCUCUACAUGAUUCUUCAACACCACAAAGAUCGUGGGUAUAUUGAAAACCAACGUCACCGAGCUUUCAACCACCCUAUGGCGGAAGCACUUGGUUCGCGACGCAAAGACUCGAAGUCUUACAAACCCAACGAUGAUGAUGCCGCUCCGUCCACACCGAGUACAAUGACUUCUUCGGCCGACAACGACGGUAUGGAAUUCAAUACAUUGCCGGAGACACCCGAUAGAUUGCGCAUGCAAAUUUCCGCCCACACUCCUCCUCCUACUCUACGCCCCGGGCAAAAGUACGUUGUGUUGAACGAAACCGUUCCACAGCCCACGUGGAGAGACAACUCGGAUUCGGCAUCGCAGGAUUUAGCGGAAACAUUUGACAAGAGUAGCUGGUUUGUCACGAGAAGUAACAUCGAUAACAUUCAAGAGGAAGAGCACAAUUACGAAGACAAAAGUGAGAAAGAGACAACGCAGAUGGUACCAGGAUUGGUGGCUGAUAAUUACGGAAAGCCGACCUCUAUCGAGGACGCCAACCCUUCCGAUCUGGUCCACACCGACGAUAGGCGUUCUAUCUCGGGUAACGAUACGAGCCCAAGCAAAGAUACUUCCAUAAACGACGACGCGGACGAUGAAGAUGACCCGUUUCAAGUCGGCCGUCUGAUAUCGUCGCCGCAUACUACUGACACCGCGACUUCAGCCGUGUCGGAAUGGAUGCGCUCGAUUCGUGUAGUAUCCUCCGAUGCACGCUCACCAACAACGAGCGUUACUUCCAUCCCUGAAGAUAAGAUUGCUGAAUCGUGCACUUCCAUUUUGAACGAGAACCCACUAGCGACGAGUCGAUCGCUCAGACGAGUCUAGGAGCAUCCAGCUUUUCACAAAAUAGUCUAGAGCAAAGUUUGGAAAGUUCCGGUGUCACGCACGGAUCAG